GUUGUGGUCUUGGCGUGCACUACGGCGACGCUCCCUCUGUGUGUUACUACUUUCUUACUCCAAAUAUUAAGCAGGUGUUGUGUAGACGGCAAACAUGGCACGGCGGACAGCUGUGGUGGUGAUGGUGGUGGUGAUGAUGCUGACGGCGACUCAGGUACACGCUGACUGGAAGUGGGGGGAAGAUAACCCUACACACGGUCCUGCCUCAGCUUCCUCCGUCGUCACCUCUUCUUCCUCCACCUCCACAUCCUCCUCUUCCUCCUCAUCCUCCUCAUCCUCACCUCAGGUUGAGGAAGUGAACGAUGCAGCCGAGACAACCACUCAACCACCCACCGACAUGGACCAAGAUACUGUACAACAACACUUUACCAUCAAGAAGUCACGGGCCUUACAACCUAUUCCCACGGAAUCGCGGUCCCUCGAGGCAGCUCCUAGUGACACGGAGCCGCGGUUCAUUGGCCCCCUCAAGAAGAAACUCUGCUCUGUCGGCCUCGGCUUUAACUGUGGACAUAAGGGUUACAAGCCAGCCGCCCACCACUACGGGAAGCCCGCCGACCCUCACGAGAUACAGUACGUGCAGCCUGUGGAGAUCCGCCCCGUAGGCAAGCCCAUCCCGGCCCUCCCUUUCGACCACGGCAACACAUACCACGACUCAUCCUAUGCUGGUGCUCCUGAAGGACAUGGAGGAGGAGGUGGUGGUGGUUAUUUUGCACCUUCAGGUGGAGGGUACGGUGGCUCCUCCCACGGUGGCUCCUUCCACGGUGGCUCCUCCCAUGGUGGCUCCUCCCACGGUGGCUCCUCCCAUGGUGGCUCUUCCCAUGGUGGCUCCUCCCAUGGUGAUUACUCUCAUGGUGGCUCCUCCCAUGGUGGCUCCUCCCAUGGUGAUUACUCUCAUGGUGGCUCCUCCCAUGGUAGCUCCUCCCAUGGUGGCUCUUCCCAUGGUGGCUCCUCCCAUGGUGAUUACUCUCUUGGUGGCUCCUCCCAUGGUGGCUCCUCCCAUGGUGAUUACUCUCAUGGUGGCUCCUCCCAUGGUGGCUCCUCCCAUGGUUCUUCCCACAAUGGUGCUGCCAGUGCUCCAUCUAACACAUAUGGUGCUCCCAAGGCUUCUUCUAUCAUAUUCAACGCUCCCUCCACUGGGUAUGGUGCCCCUCCACCUCCCUCCACUGGGUAUGGUGCCCCUCCACCUCCCUCCACUGGGUAUGGUGCCCCUCUACCUCCCUCCACUGGGUAUGGUGCCCCUCCACCUCCCUCCACUGGGUAUGGUGCCCCUCCACCUCCCUCCACUGGGUAUGGUGCCCCUCCACCUCCCUCCACUGGGUAUGGUGCCCCUCCACCUCCCUCCACUGGGUAUGGUGCCCCUCCAGCUUCCUCCACUGGGUAUGGUGCCCCUCCACCUCCCUCCACUGGGUAUGGUGCCCCUCCUCCUCCCUCCACUGGGUAUGGUGCCCCUCUACCUCCCUCCGCUGGGUAUGAUGCCCCUCUACCUCCUUCCACUGGAUACAGUGCCCCUUCAGCGCCUUCAGGAUACAGUGCCCCUGCCGCUCCCUCAGGGUCGUCAGCGUCAGGAGGCAGACCACAGACAGUCAGACACAUCCACAUCCAUCAGCACACUUAUAAGUUGGACAACACCGGCGGUGGUGGCGGCAGUGGUGGCGACGGUUAUGGCGGUGGUGGCGGUGGCGGCGAUUAUGGCGGUGUGGGAGACUCUGUACCCGCCACUGGUUAUGACAGCAACUUUCUCUCUGGGUCUGACAAGUCCUUUUCGUCAGCUUCUUUUGCAUCUGUGAAAGAAAACGUGAACAACCAGCAGGCGCCUUUCGGGGAACUUAAAGAGACCUUCGAUGCCAGCGUAAACCAUCUUCCCUCACCUCUUAAUGGUGUAUUUGUUACCCCGCCCGUUGAGUACAUUCCCGGAGCUGGUGGUGUUGGCGAGCUUAACAGGGUUGUCCGGGAACCCUCAAGAGAGGGACGCCCCAGAGGUCUUGGGUGUACAUGUGUCCCCGUCGGCCAGUGUCCCCAGCAAAUUGCUGAGCCUUCGCCUUUUGCUCGUGAGGACUUGAGUGGCCUCCAGGAUCCCCGUAACUCGCCAUCAGCCUACACAGUUCUCUCAAAUAGUUCUCAACCACUCGUGCGACACCGGAGAGAGUCUAAGGUGCCUGACGACCAGAUAGCUCUGCCCUCCCAGAACCGUCCGCGGAAACACAGCAAGGAAUUAUUUCCUGAUGCCUCACUCUUUGAUGCCGAUCCUUUCACAUUUGAUCAAGACAUUAUUACCCUUCCAGACAGUUCUCAGCUCAACCAAGACAACGUCCACUCCUCACUCUCUUCACCGUCUUCAUACCCCAAUAUUAGGAUUGUGACCAGUGACCUCCUUGUUGGAGCGUCCACAGACAACCCUAUAAAAGUUUCUGCGACAACACCUGUGGCGCCUGUGAGGAGCCUGACCUCCGUGCCUGUGGACCUGCCAGUGGGCGCCGCCUUGGUCAAGAGGCAGCGAGAAGGCGUGGUACAAGACGUCACUCAGCAGUACCAUGGGAAUCUUCUAAGUAAUCGGCAGUUGUUGGCUCCUCCCGGCGCGUCUAUCAACUGCGGAGUGUUUGAGGUGUGUUGUGGCCUGGAGACCUACCAAGGCGCCUUCUCCUCCACCUUCAACUCCUUCAGCAACACGGCGGGUACCUGCGGCGUGAGCAACUCCGAUGGGGUCAACGGACGCAUCAACCACCCACUUCAGGAAGAGGGCGACGCUGAAUUUGGCGAGUACCCGUGGCAAGCUGCGGUACUGAAGAAGGAAGGCUUCGACAAUGUGUACAUCUGUGCUGGCACACUCAUUGACGAGCGACACAUCCUCACUGCUGCUCACUGUGUUAAAGGGUACGAGGCGUCGGAGCUGCGUAUCCGCCUGGGAGAGUGGGACGUGAACCGCGACACAGAGUUCUACCCGUACUACGAGAGUGACGUCAACGCUGUCUCCCAACCCAGACUACCCGGCAACCUUAUUAACGACAUCGCCAUUGUCAGAAUGGAUUUUCCUGUUGAUUUUCUUAAAAACCCCCACGUAGGUCCAGUGUGUCUGCCCAGCCGCACAGACUUCACUGGUCAGCGGUGUUGGGUGACGGGUUGGGGCAAGGAUAGUUUCGAUGAAAGGGGCCAGUACCAGAACAUCUUGAAGGAGGUGGACUUGUUGGUGGUGUCCCCAGGAGCGUGUGAGGCAGCGCUGCAGCAGACGCGGCUGGGGCCCACCUACCGUCUCCACCCAGGGAUGAUCUGUGCCGGGGGCGAGCUGGGCAAGGACGCCUGCAAGGGUGAUGGCGGUGGACCCCUGACAUGUGAGGGAAGUGACGGCAGAUUCCAACUAGCCGGGAUAGUGUCGUGGGGGAUCGGCUGUGGCUCACCUGGCAUCCCCGGCGUGUACGUCAAUGUCGUCUACUAUCUUGACUGGAUCAACCAGAUCAUUAACUUCUGAAUGUCUGGUUCUUGAUCAGAAGUUCCAUUUAUGAUCUUCUAGAUUGUAGAAUUCUGGUGAGUUCUUAAAUCAGUGUUCGUUGUUAUCAAGUUCCAAGUACCAAGUUAGGUUCUUAGUUCCUGCCUCUAUCUUUGAAGUUAUUUAAUUGUUUGGAUAUGGAUGCUUGAUUUAGAACUCUUGGAUCAAUAUAUCUGGUCCCCGUGUUGGACGUCCCAGGUGCUAGACUACAGGAGUAGAUGUCUAGGAUGUUGUCUGAAGGUUCCUCACUCAAAAGGUAGACUCUAGAUCACAGGUUGUUGUUUCCCUUACACGUGUGGAACCGCUACCCAGUCCUCCCCUCACACCAGGAAGACUUCCAGUUUUGCUAGUUGUUAAAUGAUCUCAGAAACAAAAAUCACUAAAAUAAAGUCCACAUUUAUGUGUGUGAAGGUAGAAAAGAUGGGCAGAUUUAUUGUGAAGAUAGAAGUCUGUAUCAGAAGUUGGUGAACAAGAUGUAACGAGAGAUUACCAGUAUCUAUAGUCGGCUCAAGAGGGAUCACAAUCCCUUCUUAUCGUAGAGGAACAUGAAAAUAUUUACUUAUCUUUUAUUACUUAAUUCUCACUUGUGAAUGUUAUCACAAAAGGUUAGUUGUAGUGUUACUAGAGGUAGGUGUGUUACCUCUGGGGAGGUCUCGCUGCAGGUCAGCUGGUCGUUGUACAUAAAACUUUAAUAUAUUGACUAAUACAAAUAAAAUGUUAAAUUUGUACACAAA